CGCGCACCGCAAAGAAAGAAAAGAAAAAAAAAGAUAAAGAAGUGAAAUGUCUACUUUUCUGGGAAUCACUAAACAAAUGUUUAAGACUGACGGAUGCAUCCAAAAAGUCCUAAACAAAAGAAGACAAAUUGAUCAAGUUAAAUAAACCCGCAGGCCUUCUGAGUGCAGAUGAGAGCAAUUAACAUAGCUAGUGGUCUCGCGUUUAGAAGCUGCCGGCCAAGAUGUCGUCGGAGACGGUGAGGCUCAUCGGCGCUUUCGGCAGCCCGUUCGUCCACCGCGCCGAGGUGGCCCUGCGCCUCAAAGGGGUGCCCUACGAGCUCAUCCUGGAGGACCUGAGCAACAAGAGCGACCUGCUGCUCACGCACAACCCCGUGCACAAGCUCGUGCCCGUGCUCCUCCACGGCGACCGCUCCGUCGCCGAGUCGCUCGUCAUCGUCGAGUACGUCGACGAGGCCUUCGAUGGGCCGACGCAGCUGCCGGCCGACCCCUACGAGAGGGCGGUGGCGCGUUUCUGGGCCCAAUUCAUUGACCAAAAGUUUGCAAGGCCGUUCUGGAUGUCAUUCUGGACGGGCGACGGCGAGCACAGGGGGGCCUUCGUGAAGGAGGCCAAGGAGAACCUGGCGCUCCUGGAAGCGCAGCUCAAGGGGAGGAGGUUCUUCGGAGGCGGCUCCAUCGGCUUCCUCGACAUCGCCGCGUGUGGGUUGGCCCACUGGAUCGGAGUGAUCGAGGAGGUCAGCGGGGUGACCUUGGUAAACGACGAGGAGCUCCCUGCGUUCUGCGAGUGGGCCAACGGCUAUGUCGACGACGAGACAGUGAAGCAGUGCCUGAGGAGCAGAGAUGACCUCGUCGCCUAUUUCUCGGCGAGGAAGGAGAUGUACAUGGCGCGAGCCAGGGCUACUCUGCACAAGUGAUUCAUACUUCCCAGUGCCAUUAAUUUCCUUGCUGGCGUUUGUGUGUUCUUGCUUGCAAUAAGUGUAACAAUCUGUCCAUUUUUAUUGAAGCAAACCACACACGGUGUACA